UUGUGGUUUUUCAUUUUUCACAUUGGGCCUAGCUCUUUGCGAAUCGAGAGCCCAUUUGAGCGGCUAAAUGGCAGCCGUCGGAUUAUUCUCCAAUCAAGAUUGACGGACGAGGAUUCAUUAGCAGAUUAUCCGAACUGUCCCCCCCUCCUCCGUCUCUUUAACUGCCCACCAACCGUCGGCUCAGUCGGCGAGAAAUGGCGACGGCGCCGCUAAAGUCGCCGGCGAGAAUCGCCGGCAGAGACGAAGUGUACGUGGCGGCGGUGCCGCUCAGAGCAACGAGAGGACCAGCUCAGCUGCUGACAUCAGCUGCCUAUUCGCUCAAGCUCUGGGACUUCCAGCAUUUCAUGGUCAUCAUCAGGACCUCUUCACCACCAACCGACUCUCAGGCAUUUGUGUUUGAUUUUCAACCUGAAGACCCUGAAAAUGCGUAUGUGGCACUUGCAGCCUUGUCAGGUAGAUCGAUUCCAGGAACUGUUUUCAAAAGAAAGUUGACAAAGCUACCGAAAAAAAGGUGCUGGUUUGUGGGAUCAUGUGGAGAGCAUGCUCUGGAUGUUGCAUAUAAGUUCAGCAACCAUUGGGAGACUGACUUGAAAAUUGGGCAUCACGACUGCCGUGAUUAUACCAAUGGUAACCAAUUUGACAGGACAAAAUUCAGCUCCUUCAUAUGUUUGUGCUUGACUGGUUGAGCACCUUACUGGGGAAAAGGAUGUGCUAGAGCGCUUGAGAAGAAGUUCUGGUGAUCCGGACUAGGGCAUCAACUUGCUGGUUACAAUGUUUUAACUUUGUAACUUAACCUAUGUUCUUGGUACCAAGAAGAACACAGUUGAGUGAAAAAUACCAUUGAAAGUGGUAGGCUUAUACUUUCAAAUCCAUUUCUUAUUUAUGAAUUUGAUCAAUUUCUUCCCCCACUGUAUUUAUCAAUACUAAUUGAUCUUUCGGAUUGCUUUUAUGAUGAUCUUCUCGGAAUAUAAGGAAUGCGCUUUAUGCUGUCAUUACCACUAGUUUCUGCUGCAGAUAAUUUGACUGAUUGAGUUCCCAACCAGGAAGAGAUGCCAUGGUGGAAGCUAAUUAUGAGAUUAACAUUUAGUUUUUGCAGCAUAAAAUUUAGUAAAAGGAGUAUUUUUGAUGAUGGACAUCAACAGGAUUUAAAGGAAUUGGUUGGAUAUUUCGAUUUUCUAUUCCAAUGAGCAAUCCCAUUUAUGCAGUCCAUUGUCAGGCAUGGAUUUUUCGAGACCGACAAGCAUUCAUCAGCAGAUUAUCCGAACUUUGCCUCUUCUUCGCUUCUCUUAACUACCACCAACAGUCUGAUUAAUUUACAGAAAUGGCAUUGGCGUCAAUACAAUCGAUGGUAAAUAUUAGUGGAAGAGACAAAGUGUAUGUAGCGGCACUGCCAUUUCAAGCAAAAACAGAACCAGCUCACUCGGUGACAUUAGCUCUUCACAAACUCCAUCUCUGGGAUUUGCAACAUUUCCUAGUCAUCAUCAAAACCUCUUUACCACCAUCCAAUUCUCAGGCAUCUGUAUUUGAUUUUCAACCUGAAGACCCCGAAGAUGUGUUUGCGCUGGCACUUGCAGCCUUGCCGGGUAGAUCGGUUCCAGGAACUCUUCUUAGAAGAACAAUGAAAAGGCUACCGAAACAAAGAUGCUGGUUUGUGGGAUCUAGUAAAGGGGAUUCCCUGGACAUUGCACUUAAAUUUAACGAUACUUGGGGAACUGACUGGAAGAUGGGUAUUCAUGAUUGCCGCAUAUAUGCCAACGAGCUGGUCGAGUGCCUUACUGGUGAAAAGCGUGUGUUAGAGCGCUUGAGAAGACGCACUCCUUGGCUGCUAUAAGGGAUCAAAUUUCUGGCUGUACUACUGUAAGUCCACGUACAAACUCGGUCCUGAGAAGAAUAAAGUUAUUACAGAAACACCCCAACAAAGUGCAAUGAUCAUGUGUAUCACAGAUGCCAAAUAAUUCAGUCACCAUUUUAGCAAUUACUCUUCCACCAUUAAAGGCCGCCCCACUAAGAUCCAUAGCACUCAAUUUCUGUUGGUUUGUUUUUAUAUGCAAGUUUUCUGGCAUGACAACCCAGACUUCAUAAUGUCAUUGUUGCUGGUGAGACAUUCUGCUGGUUCAAGUGCUC